AUGGCACCUCUAAACGCUGAUCUUGUUUCUCCGCCCAGACCACACAAAGCGCAAAAAGCACCGAUACUGCACGGCGAAAAGAAGUUUGAUCAGCUCAGACUACGAGACUCAGACUCAUCAUUCGACCGUUCUUCUGGCGUUUCACACGGCUCCAACAGCCUCACGCACUUACCGGCUAAAAUGGACCACGUCAAGCGAGAAUCAUACAGCAAUGACAACUUCAGGCGAGGUGAUUACGUCAUGCCACUUAAAAAGGAGUCUGAAUCUUGGCGUGGCUCCUCCGGCUUCGGCCUUGCCAAUAUUCUCAACCGCAGCUGCACUAGCACCGCUCCCACGAGCACAAUGCCAAAGCUUAAUCUGCCAUCGUUUCCCCAUUUUGGCAAGACCUCUGUCUCGAAUUCCGAAAUGUCGUUGCGCUAUGAAAACGACAGUCGUUAUGUCUCUGGUCGCUUCUUACAUGAGCAACGUAGUGCUGACUCGUCGCCAGCUCAACAGCCCCCCCCUUCUCCCAGCCCCCGUCGAUUUGCAUUGGUAUCUGUAGAUGACGAGGAUCCAGAGCAGGAGAUGGAAAACACGGCAUCUGGUGCCCAUGAUAGCACUAUCAACUACUCAAUUCGUGGUGGUCGAUGGAGUGCGGACGAGCACGAACGAUUUUUAGAGGGAUUUCGCAUCCAUGGUCACAAGUGGAAGCGCGUGCAACAAGUGGUGUGCACACGUUCGGUGACUCAAGUGCGCACUCAUGCUCAAAAGUAUUUACUCAAGGUAGCCAAACUGAAAGCUGAGAAGAAACAGAGCGGGAAGAAUGCCGAUAUGGCUACACUGGCUUCCGAGUCACAUAAACGGUCCAUGAAAGGAGAGACUGCCGAUGGCCUUAAUUCUGCAUUUAUGACGCCAGAGCUCUGUGCCGCUCAUGACAGUCCUCUUAAGACCCCGAUGAAGAAAGUGCGAUAUUUGGAUCAUGGCAAGUGUGAUCCCGUUGAUCAACAAUACAUUGCUGAUGCUGCCACGACCUUGUGCUUUCUUAUGAGUCAGAAGAUCGACUCUUUGUUUGAAUCGAGACAUGAUUUACAGCUGGACGGGCACAAAUCGGACUAUGAGCCCUACGAUUGUUAUGCAUCAAAGACAACAAAAAGCUCAGAUAUUAUUCGCAACAACAACUCUCUCGUCGCCAAUGGAAGCAUUCUUGUUCGCGCAUGGUGA